GUAUAAUUCUGAAGAUAAAUCACAAUUAGAGCAAUAAAGCUGCGCGAUCUUGACUGAGAGAACUACAGUCCGGUUUGGCCAAUAUCUUGCAGUCAUACACAAGCUGAUUCUGUGAAACAUACGAAAUGCUUCGUCUAGUGACGAACAAGUUAUCUAAAUGGAGCUUCAGAAAUAACCGAACAAUCACUACAUACAAUGGGAAAAACAUGACAAAGAAUAUUGACAUACCUAGUAAUGCAGAUGUUGUAGUAAUAGGUGGUGGCAGCGCUGGUUGCAAUGCGCUUUAUCAAUUAGGAAAACGCGGUAUCAAUGCUAUACUCUUGGAUAAAUCAAAACUUAUAUCUGGCACAACAUGGCAUACAGCAGGUCUCGUGUGGUGUUUACGCGGAGUAUGCGACAUAGAAAUGGAGUUGCUAAAAGUUUCAAGAUUGCUUUAUGCAUCCUUGCAGGAAGAAACGGAUAUAAAUCCAGGAUGGAUAAAUAACGGUGGACUUCUUAUCGCGAAGUCUCCCGAGCGAGUGGCCGAAUACGAAAGAUUAAUUACUAGUUGUAAAAAUUUUGAUAUCGAUGCAUAUAUGAUUGAUCCGGCCGAGACGAAGGAAAAGUUUCCCUUGAUAGAUGAAAAUGCAUUUCUAGCUGCGAUACAUUCUCCAGCAGAUGGUACCAUAGAUCCUGCCAUGUUAGUAAAUGCAUUGACAAAGUCAGCAGAAAAAAACGGUUGCAAGAUUAUCGAAGAUUGUCCAGUGACUAAAAUUCUCACAGAAGAUAAUGAUGGUCAUAAAAUCGUUCGUGGAGUAGAAACGCCUUACGGUAUUAUAAAAACCAAUGUUGUAUUAAACGCUGCUGGAGUAUGGUCAGGGACGAUAGCACAAAUGAUAGGACUGGAUAUUCCAUUGAUACCGAAGAAACACGCAUAUAUUGUCACUGAGCCAAUGAAUGUACAAGGAUUGCCAAACAUCCGAGAUCCCGAUCGUAGUAUCUACUUUCGAGUGCAAGGUGGAACUAUAAGCAUCGGAGGUUACGAAUCAAAUCCUAUCAUAUUAAAAUCUGCACCAGAAGACUUCUCCUUUAGUUUGUAUGAACUAAACUGGGAUGUAUUCAAUACCCAUGUAGAAGCGAUGAACCAAUUGAUACCCGUUUUAGCAACCACAGGAAUAAGAACGACAGUGUGCGGUCCAGAAAGCUUCACACCUGACCAUAGACCUAUCAUGGGUGAAGAUCCACGUUGCACAGGUUUUUAUUAUUCCUGUGGAUAUAAUAGCGCCGGGAUGAUGUUCGGAGGUGGUUGUGGAGAACAAGCAGCAUUAUGGAUAAUUAACGGACGACCGGACAAACACAUGUUCAGUCACGAUAUUAGGCGAUUUAUACCAGAACAAAGAAAGAACUUAGAUUGGAUUACUGAGCGAAGUCAUGAAGCUUAUGCAAAAAAUUAUGAGAUUCUUUUUCCACACGACGAACAUUUGAGUGGCAGAAAUUUGAAGACAGAUCCUUUUCAUAAUUUACUAAUCAAUGAAGGCGCCGUUAUGGAAGAACGACAAGGAUGGGAACGUCCAGGAUGGUUUUUACUAAAUAAGAAAACAGUGGCACCUUUACCUUAUGAUUAUGGUGGUUAUUAUGAUAAACCUAAAAAUACGAAUGAUACAUAUGCUGAUAUAUUAAAGACGGAACGGACAUUUCAAUUUCCGCCACACGAUAAUAUCAUACGGGAGGAAGCGCUUUCAUGCAGAAAUAAUGUUGCCUUAUUUAACAUGUCAUAUUUUGGAAAAUUUUACAUAUGUGGCCCAGAAGCAAAACAGGCAGUAGAUUAUAUAUUUACAUCUCAAGUAGAUCGAGAGAUCAACAGAACUGUUUAUACUUGUAUGUUAAAUAGAAACGGAGGGGUGGAAGGUGAUUGCACGGUUACUGGUCUAGAAUCUGGCUUGGGUGGUGUAGUUGAUCCCAUAUUUAAAGGAAAAGCAUUUUAUAUAGUGACUGGAGGCAUGUCAUCAUAUCAUAUUUGGGCACAUAUUAACAAAAUAGUCAGAGAAAAAAAUUUCAGUGUAUCUGUGCAUAAUGUCACAGAACAGAUAGGAAUUUUAUCAAUUCAAGGUCCUAACAGCCGUCAAGUUCUUCAAAUGUUAAUCGAGGAUGAUCUCUCGAAUAAAUCAUUUCCAUAUAGCACUUCAAAAUUGAUACGAAUAAAUGGUGAAUUAGUGCAUAUGUUUAGACUUAGUUUCGUGGGUGAACUUGGUUUUGAAUUACAUAUUCCAAGAAGUUCGUGUGAAAAGGUUUAUAAAGCUUUAAUGGAAUGUAGUAAGAAAUAUGAUAUGAAAUUAGCCGGUUACAGAGCACUCUACAGUUUAAGUUGUGAAAAAGGGAAUCAUCUUUGGGGUGCAGACUUAAGAUCAGAUGACAAUCCAAUAGAAGCAGCUUUAGGAACUGUCUGUCGCAAAAAUGGCAAAUAUUUAGGUAAAGCAUCUGUCAAACGAUGUCGUGAAAAUGGAGUAAAAAGGAGACUAGUGCAUUUACAUAUAAAUGAUGAUAUACCAUUAUGGGGUAUGGAAACUGUAUAUAGAAAUGAUCAAUUAGUUGGCUAUCUAAGAAGAGCUGAACAUGGAUAUACUUUUAAAAGCAGUAUUGGACAGGCAUAUAUCACAGCACCAAAUGGACAAAAUAUUACAAAGGAAUUUUUAGAAACAGGUACUUACCAGAUUGAAGCAAUGAGAAAAAGGCAUCCUGCAAGAAUGUAUAUUAAAAGUCCAUUUGAUCCACAUAAUAAGAGAAUAUCUGGUAUAUAUACAAUGUAA